GCAGCUGACCGGGGACCCUCAGUUGGCCGUAAGCAUCUAACCCAUCUGGACAUACGCACGGCCAGCCGCACACACUCUAGGCUGUGUGCGGGGACAGUAUUUGCCGAUUUGCUUCUUUACGUUUUCCGAAAUAGAAGGAGAGUGAUACAAAAAGCGCUAGCGAGCAGGUGAGAAGUGCAUCAACAUAACGCAACAGCUCAAAACGAACAGCGAUCAGCAAGCGACGAUCAAACACGAGGCGGAUAGUGUAUAGUGGUGCUGGUGUACAAGGACAUGGUGUUGAACAAGUGUGACGACGUGCAGUGUUUCUUUGGCGCCAGCUAGUGUACAGUAACCUGGAUAAUAGGAAGCCGCAACACAGCAUGACGAUGAUACUCCGUGUGCGGUUGGUCACGUUCGGACUGCUCUGUCUGCUGGCCGUAGCGCUGUUCGCCGACGAUGCGAACGGGUUCCGGCUGCGUGAACACGGCCAGGAAGAGGGUCUUGCGGUGGUGCGUCGGAAACUGACGCCCCGCACCAAAGGGGACGUUCCGUGGAUCACUGUGACACGUAAGCCAUGGUCAGCGAGAGAUGACACAGAAGACGACGACGACGACGACGACGAGGAGGAUGAGGACGAUGAGGAUGAGGAAAACGAUGAGGAGGAAGAGGAAACUGAAGAACAGGCCGCCAUCCGAAAAGCCACUCAGGAGCGGCUGCUGCGUGCCCGGCGCAGUAUGAAAAGCCGUGACAAACGGUACCAGCCGACCGAAAGCAGGCGGAAGACAACGGAGCACGAUGCAGAUGACGUCGACGAUGACGACGAAGACGACGAAGCCGAACCGAGGUCUAUUUUUAACCUGUUUGGUUUGCUUGGUUCGAAACAGCGAAAGGGUGACGACGAGACUGGUACGCAAUCAACAGUCGGUAAUGAUGAUGCCGGUAACGACGAUGACGACGACGAUGAUGAUGAGGACGAGAAACCCGCACGAAAGUAUACAGCGAAAGUGAACGAAAAAAAGAAACAGAUAAAGGGGAGCCAAACCCGAAAGGGCGCAAAAAAGGAAGAACCCGAAACGAAACAAGUGACUGACGAGGACGACGCUAGUUGGCUGGAUGGGCUAAAGCGUGCGUUUGACUCGAUCGUACAGCCAACGGUGGAUGCGAAAGAUGUACCGAGCGACCCUGCAGAGGAAGGUACCAUCGUACGAUGGCUCCAAUCGCUAACGUCCCGCGGUGAGAACGUUGCGAAAGCCGAAGAUGAGCCAAAGGAGAAGGCAAAUCCAAUCAUUAACCUGCUCACCGGUUGGUUACAGUCAGCCGAGGGCGGUGAUUCAAACGAGGAGAUUCGCUUCCGUCCCAUCGGUUCCUAUGCCGAUGAUGACGAUGACGACGACAACAAGCACGCGAACGACAAAAGGAGAAAAUCACCCACCAAAGGUGCAACCGAUUCGAAGCUGGUACAGCUGCUGAAUCACAGCCCGAUCGCGUCACUCUUCAGUGCGGAAGAGCUACCAGCGGAGUCACCGAUCGACAACGGUCCCAAGCGUCCGAGGCAACCGGCACCGGGCGUUCGUGGACCGGCGCGUGUUGUCAAACAGCGCAUUGCCAUCUCGCCGGAAGACUUUGAGCAGCUGCUGCUCCGGGUGCCGUCCUUCGUGCCGGACUACACACAGGUACAGGGUGAAGAGUGUCGCCGACAGGGCGAAAUCUUCGAACGUCAGCUGCGCGGUAAACGGCUCUGGGCGCUGCAAAUGAUAGACGCCAGCGCACGGCUGGCAUCCGGUCUGCUGCGGGGCAAUGCGAACCAGCUCGGCGAUUUCGAUCUGUGCACCGGGAUCGCUACACGGGUCCGUGUUCGCGAAGACGAGCUGGUACGGCUGCGGGGCAAAUACUGUCUCGCACACGUGGAUGUGGUGGCGGAGGAUGCGGAACUCCGGCUACCGGUACAUCUUCUUCAGGGUGGUGGUUUCGUCAAGAGUACGCUGAACGAUCCGGAUCACUUCCUGCCACGCUUUACAACGAUCAACUGGGGCAUUUGUUUGCCGGCCGCGUGCUCGUUCGAGGAUGCCGGCAGCAUCGUGCAACACUUUGUACGGCCGUACAACUCCACCGGCAUCAAGCUGUUUCUGGAGCUGGAGGAGGCCAACUGUCAUGUGCGGCAGGUGCGUUCGUGGUCCCGUCUGCUGAAGGACCACUGGCAGCUUGUCGCCGUGUUCGGUUUUUACACGUUCGUCGCGGUGGUGACGCUGGUAGCAACGCUGAACGAUUAUGAAAUCUUCAUCAAAAUUGAACCACCGUCCACACAGGACUCCCCGCUGGAUCCGCCGGAGCGCCGCACCACCAACGUCUUCCACCAGACGCUGAUGGCGUUUUCACUGAAGAAAACUUUGCCCCAGCUGAUCGGUUCGGGCACAGACGAACAUCACCAUCUGCGCUGUCUGCACGGGCUGAAGGCACUCGCGAGUGGUGCACUAUUUCUCGCCCUCCGUCUCGUACCGCUCGGCUUUCAACCGUUCACCAACCGGAACGAAUUCACCGAAAGCUUUAACGCACCGUGGAGUGUCGCGGUUCGGCUGCUAAUGCUGUACGCCGACGUGUUUCUCGUGGUGAGCGGCUUCCUGGCCGCGUACCAUAUGGUGCGCGAGUACCGUGAGCGUGCACGUGUUCCCUGGUUUAAACGUAUCGCGGGCCGUUACCUCAGGCUAGCGUUUCCUCUCGUGCCAGUGCUGGUGUUUUACGCCUGGGUUUGGGAACAUCUCGGCAGUGGACCGCAGUGGGGCGACGUCGUGACCAAGAAUGCGAACCUCUGCAAACAUGGCUACCUGAGCAAUCUGCUCUUCAUGCACAACUGGUACCCGAUCGAGGAGACUUGUGCUCCCCAUACCUUCCAGUUGGCGAUUGAGAUGCAGCUGAGUGUACUGGCACCGUUUCUGAUGAUCGUAUUAGUGCGCAGCCCGUUCUACGGUACCGCAGCGUACGUGCUGCUUAGCGCUCUCUCUACGGCAAUCCGCUUCGCCUCGACCACGGAAGAUCGGUUGACACCGUAUGUGUUCCAUGGUGUGCGGCUAACGCAACUCUACCGCACGCUUAAUCUCUCGUUCGCCGAAACACUACACCGACUGACGCCCUAUCUGGCCGGUUUCGGGCUCGGCUAUCUGCUGCAGGAGACGGGUCGACCGCGCCAGGACCGUGGCGUACACUACGCCGGCUGGUUUGGGGCUGCCAUCGCCUUGCUCUGGUGCGUCUGCUUCCCGCUCGAUAUCGUUCGGAAGGACUUCCGGUACGAGCCGGGUGAUGCGGCACAGUUUGCCGCCCUAGCACCACUCUCCUGGUCGCUCGGACUUUGCUGGAUCGUCUACUACUGCGUGACGGAGGAGCAGUGUUUGCUGAACCGUGUGCUCAGCUCCCGUCCCUUGGUGUGUCUCGGUCGGCUAACCUACUCCCUUACCCUCGUACAGUUUUUGGUGUUCUUCUACUUUGCCGGUUCGACACGCGGCAGCGAGGUGUUUAGCUUCACCGGGUACGUUAACCGUACCGAGGUAUGUCUCGCACUUGGUGCAGCCCUCAUCCUGACACUUCUUUUCGAUCUGCCCAUUCAAAACGUUAAACGACUGCUCGACCAAACCGGUGUAUUUGAUCGUCUAGAAGUACCACCGGAACCACCGGCAACUAGUACGGAACACACCGACACAACGGCGGAACCGGACGCAAAACCUGAACCCAUCAGCGAACCGGAACAGAUAGAACCUGUUGCGGAACAAACCGAUUUUGUCAGCCCGUUCGAUGAUCAGGAUGAGGAAGAUAAUGGGAUAUGGCUGCGGAGGCGUACCGCCGAUACCGCUAACGAGCAAUCAAGUACCGUGGAUGACUUUUGGGCGAGCAAAGACACGAACGUGAAGGACGUAGAUGCGCAGUAUGAGAGUGUUGUGCAGGAAGCAACCACUGCGGUCCAGUCCGAACCCGAACCAGAGGAAGAGGUUGAAGAAGAGGAAGAGGAAGAAGAAGAGGAAGAGGAGGAAGAGGAAGAGGAGGAAGAGAUCGAUGAGGAGAAGGAAGUCAAACGACGGCCAACAACGAACGGUGCGAAUUGGUCUCGAUUCUAGUGCGGAUUUGUGGUUAAGGUGUUUGUGUGUGCGUGUAUAUGCGAGAGGAAUGACGAAGAGGAGAGUGAGGGGGUAGGGAUGACUACCAUUUUGUUAUUGUUUUUGUUUUGUGUAGCCGAUGAUUGUAAACUCGUCCCUAUAUAAAUAACGACUUUAUUAAACCUUAAA